UUUAAUUUAAUAAUAUAUGUGCUGAAAUGACGAAGUUAUCCUUUCAGCUGCUUCUAGGCCUUUACUCUCUCGUCUAAUAUUUGUCUUCUUUGCUUCGAAUACUUUUGGUCGGUUUGUUUCUUCUAUCCCUCAAAUUCUAGGGUUCCCUCAACCCACCUUUUAUUCCCAAUUUCUGUCUCCGCCAAUUCGCGAUUCGGAUUCUCUAAACCCUUUAAGCAACGAGUUCACAGCUUAGAAAACCCUGAAUAUGGCGGCGUCUGGGUCGGUAGUGCCCGGAAAUAGGAAUCGUCGGGCUGGGGCGAACGACGAAGGUUUAGUCUUCGAGACAUCCAAGGGUGUGGAGCCGAUUCUGAGCUUUGACGAGAUGGGCAUCAAAGACGACUUGUUGAGAGGAAUUUACAAUUACGGCUUCGAGAAACCAUCCGCUAUUCAGCAGAGGGCUGUCCUUCCCAUUAUUACUGGCCGUGAUGUUAUUGCUCAGGCCCAGUCUGGAACUGGAAAGACCUCCAUGAUUGCCCUCACCGUUUGCCAAGUCGUUGAUACCAAAUCUUCAGAGGUGCAAGCCUUGAUAUUAUCUCCUACAAGGGAGUUGGCUGCACAGACAGAGAAAGUGAUACAAGCCAUUGGUGAAUUCAUCAAUGUGCAAGCGCAUGCUUGCAUUGGAGGCAAAAGUGUAGGUGAAGAUAUCAGGAAGCUAGAGCAUGGGGUUCACGUUGUUUCCGGAACCCCUGGGAGAGUAUGUGAUAUGAUCAAAAGAAGAACUCUGCGAACAAGAGCUAUCAAAUUGUUAAUUCUUGAUGAGUCAGAUGAGAUGUUGAGUCGUGGUUUUAAGGAUCAAAUUUAUGAUGUCUAUAGAUACCUUCCCCCUGAGCUUCAGGUGGUUUUAAUUUCUGCCACCCUUCCGAAUGAAAUAUUGGAGAUAACGAGCAAAUUUAUGACAGAUCCUGUUCGGAUUCUUGUCAAACGUGAUGAAUUGACUUUGGAGGGCAUCAAGCAAUUCUUCAUUGCUGUGGAAAGAGAAGAGUGGAAAUUUGAUACUCUUUGUGAUCUUUAUGAUACUUUAACCAUCACUCAGGCUGUUAUAUUCUGCAACACUAAGAGGAAGGUUGACUGGCUAACAGCUAAGAUGCGGGAAAACAAUUUUACAGUCUCUUCAAUGCAUGGAGACAUGCCCCAGAAGGAGCGUGAUGCAAUUAUGUCUGAAUUUCGAUCAGGUGAAACUCGUGUUCUAAUCACCACUGAUGUUUGGGCGAGAGGGCUUGAUGUUCAACAGGUAAAUCUUUAUGGUAUUCCUUAAUUAUUCUUCUUAUUUUUGUCCUGCAUCAUUUGUUGGAACACGUGGUGCUAUCGUGGGUGAAAAAUGAAUAUGGCUGUCAGUCAACUUGUCUCCCAUUGGACUUCUUUGUUUCUUCUGGGAGGUGCCGUGUCAACUCCUUUUGCAACCUGGUGCAGUGGUCGGUAGUUGCAGUUACAUGAUAAGAUGCCUCAUAGAAUUAAGGAUAAAGAUAGUUAAUCUGGUGGUCAUUUGCCAUUUGUAAACCUGAAUAUGCCCAGAUAUAGGGAAGGUAAAUAAGGAAGGUAUAAACAAGUUGAAAUUGUUAAUCUGGGCAUGAGGUUUGCGCUGUGCUUUACAAUAACCCAAGCGGAGAUGAGCUUUUGAGAUUUGAUUUCGUUGGUUCUAUCUGGGGCAGUAUGUUUAGAACAUCAAACACUUGUUAGUUGGUAUCAUUAAGUUGCAGGAACUUUUUUAUUUGUGGAUAUUAGAGCAGUUCUUAAUUCGAUGAUUCAUUAAUUCCAUUCACGGAUAGACUUGUCACCCUUUCAUCUGCUUUUACUUUCUUUUUUUUUUUGUGGGUUUGCUAUUAUGAUUUCUCUUUGGUUCUGGUGGACAGAUGUGCUUUAUUUAGCUCACACUGAUGCUAAUCCUUUUGUUCAAAUUUUUGUUUUGAAGGUUUCAUUGGUGAUUAAUUAUGACCUUCCCAACAAUCGAGAACUUUACAUCCACAGGAUUGGUCGAUCUGGACGUUUUGGACGGAAGGUAUUCUAACAUAUACUUUGAUGACACUGCCUCCUGCUUUAUUAGGAUAUUUACACUUUCUUCUCACUUCAAAGUAAUUAGGAUAUAUACAUCCCGCUCUUCACAAUUUAGUACAUAGUUGUGAAAAAUUCAUUGAAUUGGUGUUUGAAAUGUGAUGAUAUCUUGUAGACUCCUGCUAAUGGCCCUGCUAAUUGAAAAGCAUUUUUCCUGCCUGGGAAGUUGGUUGCAAUUUCAUCAUGGUGAAAUUAAAAUUCAUAGUAUCAUGAUGUAAAAGUGUCUCGUGAACAUUAUGUACAAGCAUAAUUUCGCUUAUUGGUGUACUCGGUGUUUGUUGUUGCCUCAUACAUGCUGCUUGUUAAUAUCAUUGGACAUUGUCUUCUUACUCCUUUUGCAGGGUGUUGCUAUCAACUUUGUUAAAAGUGAUGAUAUCAAGAUUUUGAGAGAUAUUGAGCAGUAUUACAGUACUCAAAUCGAUGAAAUGCCCAUGAAUGUGGCAGAUCUCAUCUAGGCCUGCGCAUCUGGCUUUGUGAUUUGGUUUUGGGAAUAUUGUUGAUGGCACGUUGAUGGCGGAUGGUGUCAAAAAAGAUCGUUUCAGUUUGAGUGCAAUAUUCCCCGACACCACCAGGCAUGGUUUGUUGUGGAUUCUGCAUUUGGUCUUUGAUUUGCUGAUUGAAAUAUUGUUUUAAACAGAUAAGUAGGGAGGGGUACCCUACUGGUGAAUUGUAAUUUUUGGGAAUGGUAGAGUCAGUAGCUGGAAACUAAGUUAGAGGUAGCCGUGUAUUUCAACACUUUGGAGAGUUGACACUGGAAGUAUUUAUGUGCUUUUAUCUUUUCUUUAUUGAUGGCUUUAUUUUAUUUUUUAUUGCGUGAUUUGUAAAGGAUAAUGGAUAUUUAGGUGCAAAAUUGGGAAAACUUUGCUAGGAAAAAAGCACUUGUAAGAAUGUGUAAAUUGGAAGGCUGGCUAGGAACAUGAUUUGAAUGACAUCAGCAAAUUUAUACAAUCAUCAAGACAAAAGUAUUUAACCAAGUAAUAAGAGUGCUAGUGCUUGGAGUAAUCUGAAUUCCAAUGGAUACCAUCAUUUUGAUUACUCUCGAAACAAUAACAUAACCCACAGCUGAAACGGAAUCUUGGUAUCCAAACUUGGGACUGUUACCUCCUUGGCAGUCCACCGGUGUAAUGUAGGUCCGUUUUGGAUCCUUAUUCAUGGAACUUCCCCCACACACUUUUCAUUUUCAGCCACUCCAGAAUUAGUAUCAGUUUCAAGGCUCCCGCCAUUACACACUAAU